CUCGGAGCGUCGGGGUCUGAGCGUGGCUUUGAAGCCGCGUCCGCUACCGUCAUGAGCGGCCGAAGCCGGGGUCGAAAGUCCUCCCGCGCCAAAAACCGGGGCAAAGGCCGCGGCAAGGGCCGAGGCCGCCCUGCUCCCGACGACGCCCCCCGCGACCCGGACCCCCCGCAGUGCCAGCGGCUCGGGGACGACGCCGAGGCGGCACAGGUGCAGGCUGGCGCGGGUUGGGGUGGCCUGGAAACCGCUGCGCCCGCGCCGCCCCUCAGGCCGGCGGAGGAGGCCGCCUGUGGGCUCCCCCUGGACUGUGGCCUCGCGCUCCGGGCCCGAGCCGCGGGGGACCGCGGGCUGGCCGCUACCAGGCCGGCCUCCGGGCAGACUCUGUCUUUAUCAGACCGCCUGGCAGCAGACACGGUCUUUGUGGGAACCGCGGGAACGGUGGCAAAGCCAAGAAACGCCCCCCGCGUUGGAAACCGGCGUGUCCCUACCGGGAAGAAGGCCUCAGAGACCUGUAGUGUCGUGGGCCGGGGGCCGCAGGCCGUAGCCGGCGGGAAGCCGAAGAAAGGUGCGGCCGCGGAGUGUGCCCCCGCGCCCGUGGGCGAGGAGAGGAGAGUGGAGAAGGAGCCGGGGUCGGGGCCCGCGGCCACCGACGGCAGCAUGGAUACGCUGGAGACCGUGCAGCUGAAGCUGGAGACCAUGAACGCGCAGGCGGACAGGGCCUACCUCCGCCUCUCGCGCAAGUUCGGGCAGUUGCGGCUGCACCACCUGGAGCGCAGGAACCUCCUCAUCCAGAAUAUUCCCGGCUUCUGGGGUCAGGCGUUUCAGAACCACCCGCAGCUUUCCUCCUUCCUGAACAACCAAGAUAAAGAAGUACUCAGUUACUUGAAUAGCUUGGAAGUGGAAGAGCUGGGUCUCGCCAGAUUGGGCUACAAAAUCAAGUUCUACUUCGGCCGCAACCCGUAUUUCCAAAAUAAGGUGCUCAUCAAAGAAUACGGGUGUGGCCCUUCGGGUCAAGUGAUAUCUCGUUCUACUCCAAUCCAGUGGCUCCCAGGGCAUGACCUCCAGCCCGUAAGCCAGGGAAACCCGGAAAACAACCGUAGUUUCUUUGGGUGGUUUUCCAACCACAGCUCCAUUGAGUCUGACAAGAUUGUUGAGAUAAUCAACGAGGAACUGUGGCCCAACCCCCUGCAGUACUACCUUAUGAGUGAAGGGGCCCGCGGAGAGAAAGGAAGGGAGGUCAGGCCAAGUCCCACAAAGCAGCCAGGCGAGACCCCUGAGCCUGGGGUGAAACAGUCCAAUUGAUCCUGCACAAGUUUCCCUACUACCUCCAUGCCGGGCGCGUUGCUGGCUGACUACAUGUGUGUUGGGCUGUCUGUCGUUUCUUCACGUUGGCCUCUUUGCACUGUAGCCCGUUUGGACUUUAGCUACAAGAAUAUGGCACUCAUGAUCAUGUUCUUUUGCCUCCCCAUGGCCUUUGCUCGUUUACAGUAGUGUCACAUGUUACGCGAUUUUGUCCACACAUGUACCUUUUUUGGUUGUGUGCUGCCUUUCUCUAUACUGCUUGGACUCUUUUCUGGGCUCUGGCCUUCUCGACUUGUCUUUAACGUGGACACUCGUGGGUCAUCAUCCAGGAGGACCAGUUCAUUUUCAAGCUCUACUGCUUCAGGGCCAGUGACUUACUGAGCUUUGUGUUCACGGUGGCCAUGCGUGUCAUCCAUGGCACGCUUUUCCGUUGCCAUUGCAACAUGUGCCACUGCACAUGGUAGUGACCAUUAGCCACAACUCAGUGUUCAUUACUCUGGGGUUGCCAGCCAAGGUGCCAACUACUUUAUCUCCAGCUUUGGCCUGUGAUCUGUACUGCCCUGCUGGACACCCAGCAGAAUGGCCCUUGACUGACGGGCAUGGAAGAGGUUAAGGUCAAGAAACAGUAUGCCCUGUGUUUUAUGUCAUCAUACGUCUCUUCUUGCGUCAGCCCUUCUGCUGAACUUUGAUCAAGGUUUGGCCACUGAGUUUUGUCUAGGUUGCUGUUGACCCCGAUUAGCUUCCUGAUCAACAAGGACUUCGAGGAUUGCCUGUGGACCCGGGCCCCUGCCAGUGCAUGAAACACACUACCCUUCCCAGCUUUCCAGGAACUCUGCUGGCUACCAGACUCAUGGGCGGGCUGGUAUGUGUGGACAUGUACUCACUGUCAUCCUGCUGUGGCGCCAGGUGAGGGUGGGGACUCGGGUGCGCAUGGAGUCCAGGUUCAGGUCUGGAUCACAUUUUGGACUUCAGGGAUUCAAAACUCUCCCAUCCUUGGAACGAAAAGCAUCUGGAGGCUCCUUGUACCUUGAACAAAGAGUGGCAUUUUGAGGAAUGUAAGCAAGUCAGAGACCCAAGAAUUACAGUUCAUCUAAAGUGAAGAAGCAUGCAGGCAAGAAAAAUACGCUGCCAAAUCCCACACAUUCAGGAGGAAUCUGGAGGCAUGUUGCUGCCCACGAGCCUCCUACUGAGAAGCCCCCGAGAUAAGGAAGGGCUGAUGUUCUACACACAGUCCUGUCUGUUCUCCUUCCAGGGAGGGGACCAGGGUGGGCCUGCGUGCUCUCUGAUGACAGGGGACUCAGGGACUUGAAGCAAACAACUUGCAGACAGAAGGGAUGAGAUUGGCUCCGCCUGCCUAUGGAUAGCUCCAGACAGUCUUCCCUCCCUGGAGGAUCUCCCUCAGCAGACUCGGCAUGACCUUGUUGGAGAUGGUGUCCCUGAAAAUCUGUGUAGAUCAGCCUGCCCUGGAGCUGCUGUGGGCCGCUGUUCCUGUCUCCAUCAGGGCUGACCAAACUCCCUGCUUGCAACUCUUGGCUUGCAUAUGGGCAUUCCCUUUCCCCAGACUCCCUGCAGUAGCUUGUAAAGUCUUCAAAGGCCAGAACCACGUCUUUGCCAACAUGUACCACAGUCCCUGGCGCAGGGAAGGCAGGCAUUAGACAAGAAUCAGUGAAUGAAUGAGGUCUCAUCAAACAACAGCUCUGCACUUGCUAGGAUUAUUUAUUUUAAUAUUAUGCAAACCACAGCGUGGGCAUCCUCAACUCCUGCUCCUAAAUCCUUUGUGAUUGGUUAAUCAACAAGUUAUGUCUGAAGAUCACUACAGCCUAAGGACCAAGUGAGACAGAUGCAAUGGUGACUGCCCGCUUUGAGAGAACUAUUAAUCAGCUGCAUAAUAAUAAUGCUAGCCAUUUUACUAGAGGCUGCUUCUUCUAGAGCUCAGGGUUAAUCUUACGGAGUGCUUUGCUUAAUUAAAAAAUAUCCCAGCAAAGUUAAAGGACAACCCAAUUUCUAAUUACUCACCAGUAAUCACCAGCUGGCCUGUGAUA